AAUGUUUAUGAUGUGUUUUCAACCAUGGUCACUAACUUAGUAGUAGCAUUCCUUCUAUUUUUCGGAAAAACUGCAUUCAGUGAUGUUGAAAGGAGGAAUGGGGUGUAUUUUGAGUAUAUUCCGCCCAAGUCGGUACCAGGAGAUGAGAAGCGGGAGGAACCGGCUUUGAGGAUGGGAAGUCAGGAUAGCAAUGAAGAUGGAAAUAUAAAGACGAUGCUGGAAGAGAACUAUAGGUUUAAAAGCGAUCAAUCGGCUACGAGAUUUAAAAUUGCUGCGGAGAAGAAAGAGGAAGAACACCUAACCAACAACGAUGGUGGCAUGUCGUGGGUGUUCCGUACGUUUGCCGUUCGGCGCAUCGUCGGCGGCAUGGAGACGAGCAUUAGCAUGUACCCGUACAACGUGGCCAUAUCGCGCAACGGCCGUCAUUGGUGUGGCGGGUCGAUCAUCGACGAGCAGUGGGUGCUCACGGCCGGACACUGCUUUGAGUCAGCACACGACAAUGAGAAGAAGAAACUGGCCGUCUUCAUAGUACGCGCAGGGAGCUCUUUUCAUAAUAGGGGAGGAUACCAGGCUAGAGUCAACAGAGUGUUCUUCCCCUCUAAAUACGUCCCCGGAAACGCAGACUACGACUUUUCUCUGAUCCGCCUGGACCGGCCCAUGCCUAUCGGCCGCAACAUCGCGGUGCUGAACCUGCCCUCCAAGGAGUACCUGAUCAAGCCGGAUGACAUACUUAUUGUGACCGGCUGGGGCAGUACUCAUGAGACGGGGUCAGGACACAUACCAGAUCGUCUCCGCUUCGUCCCCGUGCCGGCGAUGAGGCUUUCCCAGUGCCAGUCCGCAUACAGAUUCUACAUCACACCUCGCAUGAUGUGCGCAGGGUACGCCACUGGUGGAAAAGACGCUUGCAACCACGACUCUGGUGGUCCCGCCGUUCGUGACGGCGUCCUCCUCGGGAUCGUGUCCUUCGGCGGCAAGCAGUGCGGCGACCCUCACUCCCCGGGCGUCUACAGCAGGGUAUCGGAGAUGACGUCAUGGGUGGAGAAGACCAUCGCAGGCAACGAGUGCGCCAAUGUGCCGGAGCUGCAGGAGAAAAUUAGGAGAGCUAGGGAGAGAGAGCAGGACUUACAAAGAUUUAAGGCCCGCGUAGAAGACAAGAAGAACCGAAUCAAGAAUUGGUUACGGGAAACCUUAAAAUCGCCGACUUUCAUAGAACUAGCUAAAAGGAAGCUGAGCGAGGCACAAGCUAUGCGCAGAAGCUUCACAGAAUCGCUCUAUGAAUCCCAAAACGUAACCGACUUAGAUGAUUCUGAGAUGGAUGACAUCAACCUGUCAAAUCUAAUACACGACAGGAUCUUACAAAGCAAUGAUGGGAAUGAAGAUGAGAAUAUGCUAAGUACCUUGGCGCUUAGGGAUAUAAUGUUGAAUGAAGGUAAGGGAAAAAUGGCUAAGGAUGGCUUUGAGGAGUUGAUGGCGUUCGUUUCGAGAGAUGAUCCAAGUCCACCUUUAGAAGAUAAAGAAAAUGUUACACGAGAAAAUGUUACACAAUCUUAAGUAAGCGUUCGUGGUAUUGCUAAUAAAACGUAAUGUCUU